AUGGAGCUUAAACUGUAUGUAGAUCGCAUGUCCCAACCUUCAAGGGCUCUACUAAUUUUUUGCAAGGUUAAUGGGAUCGAGUUUGAAGAGAUAAAGAUUGAGCUUGGCAAGAUGCAGCACAGAUCCCCUGAAUUUGCAGUUGGGUAUAUAUUCAAUGCGGCCGGUAUUGCACUGCUAUUUGGUUUGCCGUUGGACCAAAAGGCCGCUGAUGAAGGUGAGAAACUUCUGUCCAAGUCUCUAGCAAUAAUCGAGUCUCAUUGGCUCGAAGGAAACGGCCCUUUCUUGCUCGGAAAUUCUCAACCCUCGAUUGCAGAUCUUGCUUUAGCUUGUGAAAUCAUGCAACUUGAGCUUGUCGAUGAAGAAGACCGUAAUCGAAUACUAAGCCCAUACAAGAAAGUUCAGAAAUUAAAUGGGAUAGAUUUUGAAGAAGUGAAAAUCGACCUUUCCAAGCGCCGCCAAUUGACUCCUGAAUUUCGAGAUGUAAAUCCCAUGGCAAAAGUGCCUGCAAUUGUGGAUGGAAGGUUCAAGCUUUUCGAGAGCCACGCAAUUCUGAUAUACUUGGCUUGUGUGUUCCCUGGAGUUGCUGAUCAUUGGUAUCCUGCUGACGUUUUCAAAAGAGCAAAAGUUCACUCUGUGUUGGAUUGGCACCACUUGAACUUACGGCUCGGUGCUGCUUCUUAUGUACUCAAUUCGACUCUUGCACCUGCGCUCGGACUCUCAUUGAAUCCACAAAAAGCAGAUGAAAGUGAAAAACUCCUCUCAGCUUCUCUUCAGAAGAUUGAAUCAGUAUGGCUUAGAGGAAACGGAAGUUUCUUGCUAGGAAGUUCAAAACCAUCCAUAGCAGAUCUUAUUUUGGUGUGUGAGAUCAUGCAGCUUGAGGUCGUGGAUGAGAAGGAUCGAGAAAGAAUAUUGGGUCCCCACCCGAGAGUUCUGAAAUGGAUCGACGAUACAAAGAAUGCAAGCCAACCUCACUUUGAUGAAGUACAUUCGGUCCUUUUCAAACUCAAAGAGAAACUCAAGAAAACGAGGUCUGAGGGAGCAAUAGGUCACACAGAGUCGAAAAUGACAAUUGUACCACACUCUAAGAUGUGAAACACACUGGAGGAAUAUAGUUCAGAAAGCUAUGUAGGAGUAAAGCACAGGUCAACUUGAACGUAUAAACAUUGUGCUAAUUGUAUUGUUGUUGUGUGCGCGUUUGAAUAAACGGUCUUUCUAUGAAUAGUUCUCAAUAAUAUGACUCUUGAUCAGAACUUGUACAGUUUUUCCUUAUUCCUCAACAUUUCUCCUUUAUCUGAUUUGUUGUCAUCAUCAAUUGUUCAACAUUGUUUGCUCACCCAAAUCUCUACUAUUUAGCCCUUGUACAAAGCACUGAUUUCUCACUCGCAAAUGACUGAAAUCAAAAUGAAGCUCCAAAAGAUCAAAACAAGAGUACACACAGUCACAGAUAACAGAUCGCCUGUCAUCAUAAGAUGACAACCCCACAAAUCCAAACAAACACUAGUAACAGAAUCCGGGCAUUAAAAGCAGAGAAAAAUUUCACAAAUAGUCUUA